GUACAACAAUCAUGAACUUGAAUUAGACAUAGGUUCAACAGACAUUAGUAUUAGUCAAUAAGGUGGUCCCGUGAUAUGUCUGUGCGUCGAAUUCGUAAAUAACUCGGUAGUUUCUUUUAAUUUGUUCGAAGUCAGGAAGAUAAAUAAAAUCAGUAUUAACAUUUUGUAUUGUUGAAUCAGAAUCAAUACAUGACGGUGAUUUCAUUAGUCGAAAAUUCAGUGAUCGAACAACGAAAAGAAAAAUGCCCUGUCGUUACCAACCGGGAAGCCUGUUGAGCCUAUCUGAGGACAGAGUCGUGUCCGAUCUGGUGCAGACAUGCUACCAGAUGCACGAGCUGGCCCGUCAAAACGGGUUUGCGUCGCCGUCGCAGACGUUCGCGUUCGCCCGACACCGGAUCCGGCCGUUUUGGGCCGCCGCCGUCCCCGCGCUCGUCCGCCACCAGUUGUUGACCAAGUGCAUGGCCGUGCUGGCGGAUGCGAUCCGCGAGGGCCACUCCGUGAGCGCCGCGGCGGACAACGUACCGCUGUACCUGCUUGGCGUCAUGCUGGACGGCGAAGUCAGGCAACUGCGCGUCCAACUAUGCUGUUACUACGGGUGUAGCCACCAGACCGCUCUACUCAAGCUGCUGGCGCAAGAGGCCAGGGGCCUGGAGUCUCUAGAGCUGGUUAGGCCGACGCUAUUACGUUUAGAUUCACAAUUAUUUCAGUCGGUAUUGUUAUCAAUGAGUAAUUUGAAACGUUUAGUUUUAAAAAAUAUAGCUUGCGAUAAAAUUCUUAAAACUAUUGGACAAUCGUGCUUUCAGCUAGAAAUACUAGAUAUAUCUCAUUCAAGUCAAGUAACUGAUAACGGCAUAAAACACCUUUUACUACAAAUUGAAAUUAAAGACAAAUCAAACAAUUUMAACAAACAUAACAUUCAUUCAACAACAAAAAUAUCUUGGUGGCACGUGAUAAAAUCACUAUCAAAGAAAAUUAGAGUUAAAACUGRUCGACGAAAUAAAAUAAAUGAUUUUUCGUUUCUCUUGGAAUAUUAUCAAAAACCAACGAAGCUGUGUUCUACAUUAAACACGUUAAACAUUGCCAAUACUAGUGUYACUAGUAAUGGAAUCCUAAUAGCUUUACAGAAUAUACCAAAUUUAGAAACUUUAGGCGAAUACUGUCAUAUUGGUAAAGCUUUAGAAUUAUUGGAUAAAGCUACAAUACCGUCAACUAAACUUCAACUGACAAUGGCUAAUGCAUGUCGUACAACUUCGUCAAGACUACAAGUACUUUGCAAUACAUGUACAAAACUAAACAGACUGACUAUCACUGAACCAUUGCAUUCACCACUCAUGCUAAGUCAACUCCCCAAAACACUAACAAUCAUAAAUUUACAAAAUGUUCCUACUGAGCACGCAUGGUUAGAUGGCUUGUACACAUUUCUUUUAGGGCCACAAUCGCAAAUUCUUCGCGAGUUGUUUUUGAAAUUUCGAAGAGAUGAAGUUUCACUAACAAUUGAUUUGAGUGUUUUCUUACCUCAACUGGCMAAUCUCAAAACAUUAUCAAUUGAUGGAGUGGAAUCAUCAUUAUAUUCAAGUUCAUCAAAUAUCAAAUUAAGAAAACUUGAGAAAAUCCAACUCAGUAAAGUCGACCAUCCUAAUACUCUGCAACGACUAAUAGAAUGUACACCAGAACUGAGAGUAUUACAUGUCUAUACUUGUUUGGGAUUAAACAGCUUAAAUUUUAUGGAAUUACUUAAUCCUAAAGAGAUUAUUCCAGCAAAACAAAUUUCAAAAAGUUUAAAUUGCCUAUAUAUUAAUGAUUUGCAACAUGGAAAUAUCAACACGGUUAAAUAUAUUAUAGAUCUGUGUCCYGAAAUAGAUAAAAUUGGCAAUAUUAGUAAUUGGGACAUWAGUCAAGAAGAGAUAAAAGAAUUGAAUAUGUGGAAACAUCAAAAUAAUUUUAAAUUAGAAUUGCAUGCAAAUUCUCAUUGGUUCUGUUCAGAAUGUUUUCCUAUUUUAUGAUAUUUUAUAACAUAAUAAUUUAUUAAAUAUUUAAAUAUUGUUUUAUAAUAUGUAUAAAUAUAUUAGACAUUGUGA